AUGCAAGAAGGGGAGACCUUAAAAGCCUACUCGAAUAGAUAUUGGGAGAUGUACAAUGAGAUAGAGGGCAACUACGAUGAUGUCGCCAUCAGUACUUUCAAGAGUGGCCUCCCAACUGAGCACGGUUUAAGAAAAUCCCUAACAGGGAAGGCUGUCACCAGCCUACGCCAACUCAUGAACCGAAUCAACAAGUAUAAAAGGGUUGAAGAGGACCAACAGUUGGGACAGGCAAAUAUUGAGGCGCGGAAGGACACCUCCUUGAGACCGCCUAUGGGCAUUAUAAAUGUCAUUCUUGCCACCCCGAGAAGGACCGACUCUUGUCCUUCCAAAGUAAUGUCUGUAGCUCGACUUCCUAGCGAACAUGAUGAUCGAAAGCCUAAAAAGGCCAAGACGAUAGCAUCUCCCGUGUUGGGAUUCUUGGACGAGGAUAAGGUCAGAACCAUCCAACCCCAUGAUGAUGCUCUGGUCGUCACGCUCAGGAUUGGAGGAUAUGAUGUAAGGACAGUGCUAGUAGAUCAAGGCAGCGCUGUGGAAGUAAUGUACCCCAAUCUAUACAAGGGCUGA